AUGUCAAUGCAUUCUAAGGAUGCUGCGAACUGGUCCGGCAUCGAACUCAUCUUUGAAGAGGUUUUGAUGGGUCGAGAUGCCAUUGAUCUGCCUCUCCUGGCCGUACCAUUUGGUCUACCAGGAAUAUUUUCGCUUCGCGUUCGUUCGACUGGGAGACAUUCUGCACCUGACUCUCUGCAUCGAAGACAGGAACUUGGGCUAUACCCGGAGCAUUUCAACUGCACACCAGAUUCUCUGGUGCCUUCGUCCAGGGAUCAUCACCUUUCUGCGACGGCAGAGUUGACAGACGACAUGGUGCGAUCGAUUUGUUACCGGAGGGGUGCUUGA